AUGUUUUGGCGCUUUGGGGGAUAUGCGAGUAUCUCCACCAUCGAUACCCUGCUCGACAAGCCCGAUGUCACGCUCGAGGAUCUCCUGGAUGAGCCGGAGAUCAUUCAAGAACUGAAACAGCUUAAUACAAAACUCAUAGAAUACCUGCGCGAGGAUCAUGUCUUGAAACGCCUUAUGGACUAUGUGACCGCGCCCAGUCUUGUGAAUGAUGACGAAGACGACGAAGACGAUUCCAACGCGAAAGAUGCUUCCAAGAAGGAUGUCGAUGCGACGGAGGAGACUGAUGCCGAGAAAGAGGAGAAGGUGUCGGAUCCGUUGAAGGGUGUUCUUGAUCAAGAGGAUCUGGACAAGGUUGAGAAGAAUCGCUUGAAGCAUGCCUACAUUGCUUGUGAGGUUCUCUCAUCAGAGACAUGGUCCAUUCUCGAAUCAAUAAUGGCCAACCCUGGGUAUUUGCGAGACUUCUGGGGCUUCCUGCGACGAACCCCGCCUCUUGAUUCUCUACAGGCAAGUUAUUUCACGAAAGUAAACGAGACCCUGCUUGAUAAAAAGACCGAGGAGAUGCUCGAGUUCCUCAAGUCACUUGAUGGAAUUGUUCCCGCACUGUUGCAGCACGUUGAUAACCCGAUGGUCAUGGAUCUUCUCCUGAAGAUCAUCAGUCUGGAAAAGGCUGAGGGUGGCCAGGGAACCGUCGACUGGCUCAAGUCCCAGGAUCUCAUUCCUACUCUUCUCUCAUUCCUGUCACCUGAACGUCCGGCCUCUGUGCAAACCUCUGCGGGCGACUUCCUCAAAGCAAUCAUCACCAUCUCAGCGAACGCAAGCCCGAAUGACCAGUCAUGUAUUGGUCCCAAUAGCUUAACGCGCCAACUUGUCUCGGCACAAUGCGUGCAACAGCUGAUUGAUGCAAUGCUCAAGGGUGGAAACCCGUUGACUGUGGGUGUUGGUAUUGUUAUUGAGGUGAUCCGCAAGAACAACUCUGAUUACGACCCUGAGAGCCUUGGCGGACCCGAUGCCAUGCUCACCACUUAUGACCCCAUCUACCUGGGAACAUUGCUGCGCCUCUUUGCUCAACACAUCCCCCAAUUCAUGGCUCUCAUCCAGAGCUCCACAUACACAAUUCACGAUGGCACGAAGCUCAAGACCGUUGACCGCGGCAAAUUGAGCUCUGCAUGGGGUGCCAAGAUUGAACCUCUUGGGUUUGAUCGAUUCAAGACGUGCGAGUUGAUGGCGGAGUUGCUCCACUGCAGUAACAUGGGUCUUUUGAAUGAGCCCGGCAGUGAUGAGUACAUCCGGCAAAGAGACGAUGAGCGCGAGAGGUUGAUUCGCGAGGGAGUCUUUGAUCCUCACCACGAUGAGCAUUCUGCUGUUGAUUAUAAUGAUACCACGGCCGAUUUCACAAACGCAUCUGCCUUUGAGUCUGGAUCUCCAGAGGACAUCAAGAUUACAGAGGCACCCAAUGCGGGUGAAGAGGAAGGCUUCGAAGAUGUCGGUGCAUCCGAUGUUCUGGUAGACGAGAAGCCUGCCGAUAACACCGUCGACGCGGUCUCGGAGCCCAAAGAAACAGUCGAAAAAGUGACUAGCACUGAGGAACCCAAGACAGAAAAGGAGUCCUCCGAAGGAAAGACAACGGAUGAGCCGCAGACCUCGAGCGAAUCUACCGACCCAUCAUCACCCUCCAUUGGUCUUCCUGACCAGGUCGAUAGCAUCAAGCUCGACAAUGAGCCUCAAGGUGAACAGGAAAUAUCUGCAAGCGAUAACAAGCGGCCCGAGGCCGAGGCCUCGCGCCCUGAAGACGUGCCGCCUCCUCUCUUCUCCUCCAAUGAACAACCCGCAGAGUCAACCGAAGUUCCUGCCGCUGAAACUGUCCAAGCACAAAGCACUGCCAAUGACGGCGGUGACGAGGACUCAGCUGAGCAAUACAUCCAACUUGAUACCGACGGUCAACCUGUCGUUGGUGAUUACUUGAAGAUAAUGUUUGUAGAGAACAAGGUUGUCCCAACAAUUCUGGGAUUUUUCUUCCGCUUCCCAUGGAACAACUUCCUUCACAAUGUUGUCUACGAUGUAAUUCAACAAGUCUUCAAUGGACCCAUGGAGCGCGGCUACAACCGUGCUCUUGCCGUUGAUGUCUUUGACACUGGUCGCAUCACCACCGCAAUUAUCGAAGGCCAGAAGCGCAGCGACGAGACCCAGCGCACCAAGCAGAUUCGUCUUGGUUAUAUGGGCCACCUCACCCUCGUUGCAGAGGAGGUUGUCAAGUUCAGCGAGCGACACCCACCAGAGCUGCUUUCGCGAUCUGUCAUGGAGAGCGUGCUGAACCCAGACUGGAUCGACUACGUUGAACAGACUCUUUCCGAAACCCGGGAGCGUGACAAUGCCAUUCUCGGCGGUGUCCGCCCCGACAUGUCCGUCGGGCCUCGCCAGACCAGCCUGAACAAUACCAGCUCGAACCAAGGCUUCUCGAGCUCUUCUGCCCUGGCAGAUGCAGGCUUGAAUGGAGGGAUUGGAGGUUCAACCUUCCAAAGCUUCGACCUCAGCAACCACGGAAGCGUGUCCGGUGGAGCAUUUGGUGGUGGCGGCACAUCCCUAUUGAGUGGCUUUGCUAGCUCAAGUGAUGAUGAUGAAGAUGAAGAAAUGGAGGACCAGGACGACAGAGACGCCGGCAAUGCCGAUCAAGAUACUGACAAUGUGUCAUCAAACUCAGCCAGCCAGCCUAUUCCUAUCCUACCCCCACCACCAGCCCCCUUGAGCCUCGGUCCAUCCCGGGCUCGUCGCCAACUAGCAGCACGCCUCGCAGCCCAGAAAGAAAAAUCCGAAAACCAAGAAGGUGACAACGAAUCCAGAGGCGAAGAGAAUGACGACCACGAAUCAGACUGGCCAACAAACCCCUUCGUAAUCGCCGGCAUCGACGAUGACGCCGAGGGCGGCAACUCAGCCUUCCCAAACAGUGACUUCGGUUCAGCAAACGUCAAGCACUCUCCGACAUUCCCAGACUCAGGAUUUAGCCCCCCAGACUCCCUAUCAACCAAUUCAUCCGAGGACGAAGGCGACGGCCACGCUGCCUCAGUAAGACGCCAAGUCCGCGUCCCACUCGAAGUCGAAGACGAUGACGACGAUGAGAUGGGCGAAAUGGUAGGACCGAGUAGUCUGGGGAUGAUCGACUCCGAUGACGAAGACGAAGCUAUCAUCAACGAAUCUCUCGGAUAUUCCAACCUCUCCGGUCCAGGCAGGUACAGUGGAUUCCGCCGGUCCAGGGCUGUAAGCUCGCAUUACGACGAUGAGCAAAACGACAGCAGUGACGGCGAGGACGAUGGCCUAGUGGAGAUCCUAGUCCCCGGUCGGAAAUCCUCGACUUCGAAUUAA